AUGCAACAUGUACACCCUUGUUGUUCAAUCGACACACACGACCCAACAAUAACACCAUUGCAGAUCCGCAGAAAUUUAGCCCCACACAAGCCAGCCGCAUAUGGCGUCCCUCAAAUCGCGGCCUCUCCUUCCGAUCGCCAUCGCCCCCAACCUCGGAGAAUCACCAUCAACAACAAAGAACUACGCCAAAUCAGCUGCAAACCAACCGCAAACCCACCGUCGUUUCAGCGAAUGAACAACAACCACCCGUCACCGACGCUUAUCCAAUGUCUGUCGUACAUCUUCGGGCCACAACGGACGAACUCUGAUCGAAUCUGCAACCAUCGCCACAGUUUCUCGACUCCAAUCGCUAACAUACUUUAUUUGCGAAUUUUCUUUUGCUUCCAUGUUCAGAAGGUUAUGUUUGGAUUAAUCUCUUUCAUGGUGAACAUAAGGAAAGAGAGUUGUGUGUUAGUUUGUGGAAUUUUUGAAAAGGGUAUUGUUGCUGUUGAAGAAAGGCCAAGGCUGUAA